AUGCCGGUCCUUAAACCACUUGCGGGAUCUAAAGAUGCCCCUCAACAACAUAAACAAGCUUCAAGAAAAGGGAAGAAGGCUUGGAGAAAGAAUGUCGAUGUUACAGAGGUCCAGGAAGGUUUAGAAGAAGUCAGAGAGGAAUUGAUCGCAGGUGGAGUUAUUGCUGAGAAAGAUUCCUCUGAUCUCUUCACACUUGAUACUGCUGGAGAUGCUGCGAUAUCAAAGAAAUACUUAAAAGCCUCCAAACCUCUCAAAGCCGAUGAAAUCAUUGCUCAACGCUCUGCUGUCCCAUCCGUGUCGAUGAAGAAGCGCCCAGGACAAACUACCACGAACGGAGUUAUCGAUUCGAAGCGCCAAAGAACAGGUUAUAUUUCGCACAAAGAGCUCAUUCGUUUACGAAAGAUUGCCGAUGGACAUCAUGAGAAGACGGUUGAAGUCACAGAAGCUUCAUUUGAUCCCUGGGAUGAGCAAAAGGAUAUAGAAGAAGCAAAACAAGAUCCAAGAUUUUCAUUUCUCGACAAGGCCAAGAAGACAACAAUCCCUACUUCAUGGAAUCAAAAGUCAAUUUCGUUGGCAGCUAGCGGAAAAGAUAUCCCUGCAGUCAAGAGGCCGGAAGGAGGUUACAGUUACAAUCCAGUAUUCACAGACUACGAAGAGAGAUUAACGACCGAGGGAGAGAAGGAGGUUGCAGCGGAGAAGAAACGGCUGGCUGCUAUCGAGUCAGAACGAAUAAAGCGAGAAGCAUCAACGAAGUCUGCGGCUGAGGCGGAAGCAGCUGAAGCUCGAGCAGAUAUGUCAGAGUGGGAAGAAGAUUCUGCAUGGGAAGGUUUAGAGAGUGGCGCAGAAGAUGUUCGUUUGAACGCUAAGAGGCCGCAGAGAAAAAAUCAAGCGCAACGAAAUAGGAUAAAGAGGAGAAAAGAAGAGGAAAGGAAUGCAAAGAUGGUUGCUCACAACAAAAUGAAAGAAGAACAAGCUGCACAAAUUAAGAAGCUGGCCAAGGCUCUUGCGGAGAAAGAAAUGGCUCGUUCGUUGUUGGUUGUGGAGGACGAUGGCAGUGAGGGUGAUGAUAUGGAACUCCGAAGAAGGAAAUUGGGGAAGAUUUCUUUGCCAGAAAGGGAUCUCGAGCUUGUUCUACCAGAUGAGUUACAAGAGUCGUUAAGAUUGUUAAAACCAGAGGGAAAUCUGUUAAAGGAGAGGUACAGGAGUAUGUUGGUUCGUGGAAAGGUCGAGAGUAGACGUCCUAUCAGUUUCGCAAAGAAGGCAAAGAGAAAGGCUACGGAAAAGUGGACACACAAGGAUUUCAUGUUACAUUGA